UAGCUUUUUUCUGCAAGGAAAAUAAGGCCCAACUAAAUAAAACCUCAAAUUAAGGAAAACCAUACUCAUAAAGGAAAGAAAAAGAUUCAUUUCAGUUCAUUUGCACAUCUCUCUUCUCCUCAAAAGUAUUAAACCCUAAUUUGAGUUGAAAUAAAACAAUCUACGAGGUUCUCCAAUGGCGGAUGAUGAUUACAAUGAUUUGGAUAUGGGGUAUGAGGAUGAGCCUCCAGAGCCUGAAAUUGAGGAAGGGGAAGAGGAAGAGAAUGUACAACCAGAUGAUGACUUGAAUGAUCCUAUCAUAGAAGGUGAAGACAGAGAAGCAGAAGCAAAGGAGAAACAGCAGAGGAAGACCUCCAAAUACAUGACAAAGUAUGAGCGAGCUAGAAUUCUUGGAACACGUGCUCUUCAAAUCAGUAUGAAUGCUCCGGUCAUGGUCGAGUUGGAAGGUGAAACUGAUCCACUUGAGAUUGCCAUGAAGGAGCUUCGCCAACACAAGAUACCAUUCACUAUCCGGCGUUAUUUGCCUGAUGGAAGUUAUGAAGAUUGGGGAGUGGAUGAAUUGAUCGUUGAAGAUUCUUGGAAGAGACAAGUAGGAGGCGACUAAUGAAAUUGUUCGAUCAUAAUUGCUUCGAUGCUGACUGCAGUUAUCUUCUAGUAUAUAUACUCUGAUUGUUCUAAGUCGUUUAAGCAAACAUAAUUAAGCUGAUACUGAUAGUGAAACUCUAAUGGAUACUCGUUUAGCAUAAUUGGUACGAAUUAGUGAUUGCAUUUGUCCGCCAGCUUCCUAUUAAAUAUAAACAGUGCAGUGUCAUUGAACAUGUAAUUCAUAUCAUGCCCACUUUCAUAGGAUUAACUAGUGUGGAGAGCGAAGAAUGACAGUAAUUCAUACCCAUAAAGGAGAGUACUAUGAAAGACUCCUUCGACUCGAAUGUUGGACAAAUAAAUUAUUUGAAAUGCAAUUUACAUAUACUCUCAAUUAAUUGCCA